AUGGCUGAACCGCCGCCUCAACCUCCGGGACCAAACCAGCGCCGUCCUCGCCAGGAUCGCCGCCUGGAGCUGCUGCUGCUGCUCCUGCUUCUCCCUUUGUUUCGCUUCAGCUUGGGAAAGCCAGCGGGCAGAGGGGGCUUGGGCUGCAUCCACCGGGCGAAGCCGAGCGGUGGUUGGCCGGGCUGCGCUUUCUUCGGGGAACUAAAGGAAACCUCGCCGUCCGCCAGGCUCCGGGAGGACGAUCGGUGCUGCGCGGGCUCCCUCUCGCAACCUCUGGCGGGGCAAGGGAAGAAGAACGGCAGCUUUUCUCGCGGGGGAUCCCUGACCCCACCUUGGGAAAAGAGGACGAUCCGCUGCCCGGUUGGUACCCUGGGAGAGCCGGGCAGCGCUUCCUCUUGCUUGUGGAUUAUAAAUGCUUCCGCACUUCUUCCGGAUCUUCCGAGGCCGGCAAGGCUCGGGAAAAGCCGUGCGCGGACUACCUGGGCAUGCCUGGCGAGGCUCGCUGGGGUUGGGGUGGAUUCCGCGCAGAUGGGCGUCUACUCGAGCCCUUCCAAUCAACGCCCUAGGAGGGGCUCGAGCCAGCCGGACAAUGGGGUGUCCAAUGGGAUGAAGGAUCCCUCUCCAAAUCGUUUUAACAGGACUCCAACCCGUCUCCGGCGAUUCCACCUGGGUACAAAGCUAUCUCGCCGCCUUCAGAACUGCACCGACCUCUGCUUGCUGGGGAGUUCCGAGCGCUCGGCCAGCCGAGCUAAGAGAAAAGGCGGCAGUCCCUCUAUGCCUCCGUGGUCCUCGAUUAUGCGACUGGCUUCCUUUUCCCGCCCGGGAGCCCGUUCGCCUUUCUGCAGGUGGUUCACCCUGCUGACCUGCCUUCAGCUCUGCCUGGGGCAACCGCUGCCCCGUGGAAAUUCCCGCAGCUGCUGCUGCGCCGGCGAGUGCUGUGGGAGCAGCCCGGAACGAUGCUGCCUUUGUACCUGGACCAGAAAAGGCUGGGCGAGAGCCGCUUCGGCGGUUUCAGCAGCUCGGACAGCUCCCUCUGCUUUUCUGGGAGCCAAUCCCAACGUAGACUGGAGAAGGCGCGAGCUCCUCUUCUCUUUCCCUCCAUUCCACUCGACCAAAGGCUGUUUACAAACUCUUUGUUUUGAGGUGAAUUUUAGGAGUCCAUCAAUCCCUGGAUUCUUUCCCUCCCUGCCCUUAAAAGCCCCUCACCCAGCUCCUCAGAGGGAAAUAACCUAUUCCACGUGUGCCAAGAAGAGGAGCCGAAGAGAAGGGGCGCCUCUGCCCUUGCUGAGGGUUCGGAGGGCAGCCAAUCGUCACCCCCUCUUCCCUCAGUAUAAUUAUCAAGUCCAGGUGGCUGAAAACCAGCCUUCAGGCACCCCAGUGAUAACGGUGGCAGCCCAAGACUCUGAUUCGGGGGAAGCUGGGCGGCUAGUCUAUUCCAUGGAUGCUCUGAUGAACAGCAGGUCACUGGAACUGUUCAGCAUUGAUUCCCAAAAUGGCCUCAUCAGUACCACUGAAGUUUUGGAUAGGGAAAUUAUGGACCUACAUUACUUCCGAGUGACUGCUAUAGAUCAUGGGAUUCCCCGUCUCUCUGCCACCACCAUGGUUGCAAUCACAGUUGCAGAUAGAAAUGACCAUAACCCAGUAUUUGAGCAGAGUGAGUACAGAGAGACGAUCCGGGAAAACGUAGAAGAAGGCUAUCCCAUUUUGCAGCUGAGGGCCACCGAUGUGGACUCUCCACCCAAUGCCCACAUCCGAUAUCGAUUUGUCAAUGAACAAGCCGCUCACUCUGUCUUUGAGAUAGAUUCACGGUCAGGGCUGAUCACUACAAGUGGGCAAGUAGAUAGGGAGAAAAUGGAGAAGUAUUCUUUGGUGGUGGAGUCAAAUGAUCAAGGUAAGGAGCCCGGACCUCUGUCCUCCACAGUUAGAGUGUAUAUAACAGUUCUUGAUGAAAAUGACAAUGUCCCACAAUUUAGUGAAAAGCGAUAUAUAGUCCAGGUAAGAGAAGAUAUAAGGCCCCAUUCAGAAAUUUUAAGAGUCACCGCCACUGAUUUAGACAAAGACAACAAUGCUUUAGUUCAUUAUAACAUCAUCAGUGGUAAUAGUAGGGGACAAUUUUCAAUUGACAGUGUGACUGGGGAAAUACAGGUGGUAGCUCCUUUGGAUUUUGAAGUUGAGCGAGAAUAUGCCUUGAGGAUACGUGCCCAGGAUGCCGGACGUCCUCCUUUGUCCAAUAACACCGGCAUGAUUAGCAUCCAAGUAGUGGAUAUUAACGAUCAUGCUCCUAUCUUUGUCAGCACCCCUUUUCAAAUAUCUGUCUUGGAAAAUGCCCCCUUGGGCCAUUCAGUAAUCCACAUCCAGGCCGUGGAUGCGGAUUAUGGAGAGAACUCACGCAUUGAGUACAAGCUCACUGGCGUCGCUUCUGAUACCCCCUUUGUAGUGAACAGUGCCACGGGCUGGAUUACUGUGAGUGGCCCUUUGGAUCGAGAGACUGUGCAGCACUACUUUUUUGGGGUAGAAGCCCGGGACCAUGGCUCUCCCUCUUUAUCCGCUUCCGCUAGUGUCACCAUCACUGUCAUGGAUGUAAACGAUAACCGGCCCGAAUUUACCCAGAAAGAAUAUCUCAUUCGCCUCAACGAAGAUGCUGCAGUGGGGACUAGUGUUCUUAGUGUAACAGCGAUUGACCGGGAUGUGAAUAGUGCCAUCAGCUAUCAGAUAACAGGUGGGAACACACGGAACCGUUUUGCUAUCAGCACUCAAGGAGGAGUAGGAUUAAUCACCCUCUCUUUGCCCCUGGAUUACAAACAAGAGAGGCGAUUUGUGCUAACAGUGACAGCCUCUGACCGGACCCUGCACGACAACUGCCAUGUUCAUAUCAACAUUACGGAUGCCAACACCCACCGGCCGGUGUUCCAGAGUGCCCAUUAUUCAGUAAGCGUUAAUGAGGACCGUCCAAUUGGCAGCACGGUGGUGGUGAUCAGUGCCACAGAUGACGAUGUGGGAGAAAAUGCCAGGAUUACCUACUACUUGGAAGACAAUAUCCCCCAGUUUCGGAUUGAUGCAAACACGGGUGCCAUCACCCUGCAGGCAGAGCUGGAUUAUGAGGACCAGGUCACCUACACCCUGGCCAUCACAGCGAAAGAUAACGGGAUCCCCCAGAAAGCAGAUACAACCUAUGUGGAAAUCAUGGUGAAUGAUGUCAAUGACAAUGCCCCUCAGUUUGUGAGUGCUCACUACCAGGGUGUCAUCUCCGAGGACAGCCCUCCCUUCACAAGUGUGCUUCAGAUCUCUGCCACUGACAGGGACGCCCACGCCAAUGGACGGGUGCAAUACACAUUCCAGAAUGGAGAGGACGGGGAUGGGGAUUUCAUUAUUGAGCCCACCUCUGGGAUUAUUCGUACUAUCCGCAGCUUGGACCGGGAAAGCAUUCCUGUUUACGAACUCACUGCCUAUGCUGUGGACAGGGGGAUGCCUCCCCAAAGAACCCCUGUCCAUAUCCAAGUGUCGGUGCAAGAUAUUAAUGACAACGCUCCGGUUUUUCCGGCUGAGGAGUUUGAAGUCUUUGUGAAGGAAAAUAGCAUUGUGGGUUCUGUCGUGGCCCAAAUCACAGCCCUGGAUCCAGAUGAAGGACCCAAUGCCCAGAUUAUGUACCAAAUUGUGGAAGGCAAUAUCCCUGAGAUCUUCCAGAUGGACAUAUUUUCGGGUGAGCUCACUGCCCUCAUUGAUUUGGAUUAUGAGACCAAGCCUGAGUAUGUCAUUGUGGUUCAGGCCACUUCUGCCCCCCUUGUCAGCAGAGCUACAGUCCACAUGAAACUCAUUGACCAGAAUGAUAACACUCCCAUUCUGAAAAAUUUCCAGAUCCUCUUUAACAACUAUAUCUCCAACAAAUCCAACACCUUUCCUUCCGGUGUGAUAGGGAAGAUCCCUGCUUAUGACCCAGAUGUGUCUGAUAAGCUGUUUUACACCUUUGAACGCGGAAAUGAACUGCACUUGUUAAUUGUCAACCAGACCAGUGGAGAACUCCGACUCAGCCGCAAACUGGACAACAAUCGUCCCUUAGUAGCCUCCAUGUUGGUGACUGUCACAGACGGGAUCCACAGUGUGACAGCCCAGUGUGUCCUGCGUGUCAUUGUCAUCACCGAAGACAUGUUGGCAAACAGUAUCACAGUACGCCUAGAGAACAUGUGGGAGGAGCGUUUCUUGUCACCUCUUCUCGCCAACUUCCUAGAGGGUGUGGCUACUGUGCUGGCCACACCCAAGGAGGAUGUCUUCAUCUUCAACAUCCAGAAUGACACAGACGUCGGAGGACAAGUGCUGAAUGUCAGUUUCUCGGCAAUGUCACCCCGGAGUGGCCACUUUUUUAGUUCAGAAGAGCUUCAGGAACAGCUAUACAUGAAACGCAUGACUCUCACCUCAGUCUCCAUGCUGGAAGUAUUGCCCUUCGAUGACAAUGUUUGCCUUCGUGAGCCCUGCCAAAACUACAUGAAGUGCAUCUCGGUGCUCAGGUUUGACAGCUCGUCUCCUUUCAUUGCCUCUCUGUCCACCCUCUUCCGACCUAUCCACCCUAUCACAGGCUUGCGCUGCCGCUGCCCUCAAGGCUUCACUGGCGAUUACUGUGAAAUGGAGAUUAACCUCUGCUAUUCCAACCCCUGCCUCAAUGGCGGAAUCUGCACCCGCAAGGAAGGAGGUUACACCUGCAUCUGCCGCCAGCACUUCACAGGUGACAACUGUGAAGUGGAUAGUCGGGCAGGACGUUGUGUUCCUGGAAUAUGUAGGAAUGGAGGCACUUGCACCAACUCUGCCGACGGAGGCUUCCAAUGUCAAUGUCCACCCGGAGGCUUUGAAAAACCAUUUUGUGAAGUAUCUGUACGGUCUUUCCCUCCCAAAUCUUUUAUCAUGUUUCGAGGUUUGCGCCAGAGGUUCCACCUGAGCCUUUCUCUUUCAUUUGCCACUGUAGAGCGUGGUGGUCUCUUAAUUUACAAUGGACGUCUGAAUGAGAAACACGACUUUCUGGCUGUAGAGAUUGUUGAUGGGCAGGUCCAGUUGAAGUACUCUACAGGGGAAUCAAGCACUGUUGUUUCUCCAUCUGUACCAGGAGGGGUUAGUGACGGUCAGUGGCAUACGGUGCAACUUCAUUAUUACAACAAGCCCAAAAUAAACUCCCUGGGUUCAGUGCAAGGACCUUCCACAGACAAAGUGGCCAUUCUAACAGUGGAUAAAUGUGAUACAUCUCUGGCCCUACAGUUUGGCAAUGAGAUUGGGAACUAUUCCUGCGCAGCAGAGGGAGUACAGUCCAGUUCCAAAAAAUCUCUGGACCUUACAGGGCCUUUGCUGCUUGGAGGGGUCCCCAAUCUGCCUGAAAAUUUUCCAGUGGAGCACAGAGAGUUUGUGGGCUGUAUGAGAGAUUUAUACAUUGAUAGUAAACACAUUGACCUGGCUUCCUAUAUCGCAAACAAUGGGACCUCCAUAGGUUGUCAUGCCAAACACUCCUUCUGUGAUUCAAAUCCAUGCAAGAACAGUGGCACCUGUAUUGUGGGCUGGUCUUCCUUUAUAUGUGAGUGUCCCAUAGGCUUUGGAGGCAAGGACUGCAGACAUGCUAUGCAUCAUCCUCACCAUUUCCAUGGCAACAGCAUCCUUUUCUGGGACUUCAGGAAUGAAGUUAAGAUUUCUACACCUUGGUAUAUGGGCCUAGCAUUCCGGACACGCCAGGCAAAUGGAGUGUUACUUCAGGCCAAUGCUGGCCAGUACACAACCAUACUAUGUCAGCUGGAGUCGGGCCUGCUCUCCUUUAUGGUGAAUAGGGGACCUGGACGCACUGCCAAGAUUCUUCUGGAUCAAAUGCUGUUGAAUGAUGGAGUGUGGCAUGACCUCCAAUUCCAUCUACAAGAUGCUCGAAGUGGCCAUGAGGCACGUUACAUUAUCACCCUCAGUCUGGAUUUUGGAUUCUACCAGGAUACUGUGGUCAUUGGCAAUGAGCUUCAAGGCCUGAAGGUGAAACAUCUCCAUGUUGGGGGAAUCCUAGAGUCUGGUAAAGUGCAUCAUGGUUUCAAAGGCUGCAUCCAGGGAAUUCAUCUAGGUGACACAGCCCUGGGAAAUGCACUGCCCAAGCCCGGCAGCACUGUGAAUGUAGAGGCAGGAUGUACUGUGCCCAACCCUUGUGAAUCCAACCCUUGUCCUGCCAACAGUAUAUGUCAGGAUCAGUGGCAAAGCUUCUCCUGUGUAUGCAAGCCAGGAUAUUAUGGUGGGAGUUGCCUGGAUGCCUGUCAGCUGAACCCCUGCAAGAACAAGGCAAUGUGUAAGCGAAAGCCAGGUGCUCCCCAUGGUUAUAUCUGUGAGUGUGGAGAAAAUCACUUUGGACAGUACUGUGAGCACAGGAUGGAUCAACAGUGUCCCAAGGGCUGGUGGGGGAAUCCAACAUGUGGGCCCUGCAACUGCGAUGCAGCCAAGGGAUUUGACCCGGACUGUAAUAAAACCAACGGGCAAUGUCAUUGUAAGGAAUUCCAUUACCACCCGAAAGGGAGCGACACCUGCCUGCCUUGUGACUGCUAUCCCGUUGGCUCUUCCUCACGGUCCUGUGAUCAGGAAAUGGGUCAAUGUCACUGUCGGCCAGGUGUGAUUGGCCGACAAUGCAACAGUUGUGAUAAUCCUUUUGCAGAGGUGACUCCCAGUGGCUGCCGGGUACUCUAUGAUGCUUGUCCUAAGUCUCUGAAAGCUGGAGUAUGGUGGCCUCAAACCAAGUUUGGCCUUCCAGCUAUACUGCCUUGCCCAAAAGGUUCACAAGGUGCAGCGGUUCGAUAUUGUGACCAGGAGAGAGGCUGGCUGGAACCGGAUCUGUUCAAUUGCACUUCCCCUNNNNAGAGAGAAUACCCUCUUCUUUUCUGAUAGCUGGAAAGCCUGGAGAAGAAUGAAACAGAACUGAACACCAUAGAAGCAAAAAAGCUGGCCCAUCAACUACGGGCAGUGACGGAACAGAUGGAGUCUUACUUUGGGAAUGAUAUUCAUAUUACCUACCGCCUGCUUUCUCACUUGAUGGCCUUUGAGAGCAGACAGCAUGGUUUUGGGCUGACUGCUACCCAGGAUGCUCACUUCAAUGAGAACCUCCUCCAGGCUGGCAGCUCAGUUCUGGCGUUGGAAAACCAGGAGCACUGGGACACGUUGUUGCAAAAUGAUCAGGGAACUGCAGCUCUGAUGGAACAGCUGAAGGACUACUCAGGCACUUUGGCCAGCAACAUGAAGCUCACCUACCUCAAUCCUGUUGGUGUGGUGACCCCCAAUAUUGUGCUCAGCAUUGAUCGUAUGGAGAAUCACACCCAUCUCAGAAGACGCUACCCACGUUAUCACAGUACCCUCUUCCGUGGCCAAGCCAUGUGGGAUCCCCACACACACAUAGUCCUCCCUCACUCCGUCCUUACCCCCCUUCCCACCAUGACAAUAACUGCAUCCAUUAAUACCGAGACCAAUGUCACAAUGGAAAGUCCUCCCCCAAGGCAUUCUGUCCAAGAACCUGAGCCUGCUAUCACCAUCCUCAUUCUCAUCAUUUAUCGCACUCUUGGUGGACUUUUGCCUGCCCGCUACCAGGUGGAUCGGCGCAACCUCAGGUUGCCCAAAAACCCUGUGAUGAACUCCCCCAUUGUGACUGUAUCUCUGUUCAGCAACCACACUUUUCUGCAGAACAAUUUGGAGGAGCCUCUCAUGCUAGAAUUCCGCCUACUUGAGACAGCCAACCGCAGCAAGCCCCUCUGCGUUCAGUGGAAUCACUCUAGCCAGAUUGAGCCCACUGGUUUCUGGACAGCACGGGAUUGUGAACUUGUGCACCGAAACACCACUCAUGUCCGCUGCCAUUGCUCCCAAUUUGGUACUUUUGGGGUGCUGAUGGACAGCUCCCACCGAGAGCAACUGGAAGGUGACUUGGAGACACUGGCCAUUGUGACUUAUUCCUUGACAUCUCUUUCUCUUCUAUGUCUGCUGCUGACCUUCUUCUUUCUGAUAUGCCUGAAAGGACUCAAGUCCAAUACUCGGGGAAUCCAUUGCAAUAUUUCUGUCACUCUCUUCUUCUCUGAGUUGCUGUUCCUCUUCGGUAUCAAUCGUACUGAAAAUCAGGUGAGAUGGAACAAAGAAGAGAAGCAAGAGCCCUGGUGGGUAACCAGUGGUAAUCAUUUCUUCUGCACUGUGAUCGCUAUCCUGUUGCACUACUUCUUUCUCUCUACUUUCGCUUGGCUCUUUGUGCAAGGCCUUCAUAUUUACCGCAUGCAAACUGAAGCUCGCAACAUUAACUAUGGAGCUAUGAGGUUCUAUUAUGCCAUUGGCUGGGGGGUCCCCGCCAUAAUCACUGGAUUAUCAGUUGGUUUGGAUCCAGAAGGCUAUGGGAACCCAGAUUUCUGCUGGAUUUCCAUCCAUGACAAACUGAUUUGGAGUUUUGCAGGGCCCAUAGCUCUUGUCGUUCUGAUGAAUGGGGUGAUGUUUCUUCUGGUGGCAAAGAUGCUGUGCUCACCAGGACAAAAGGAAGCCAAGAAGAAAGCUGUGCUCAUGAUGAUGCGAAGCUCCUUCGUUCUGCUUCUAGUUAUUAGCACUGCUUGGCUCUUUGGUCUCUUGGCUAUCAACAACAGUGUCCUGGCUUUCCACUACCUCUACACUGUCCUCUGCAGUCUUCAGGGUUUGGCAACACUGAUUCUAUUCUGUGCAGUGAACAAGGAGUUCCUGGAAGCCUGGAAAGGGGCUUGCCUGGCUAAGAAAGGCGAAGAAGCCCCCAGAAGUGGCCAGGGCCACAAUGCCUACAACAACACAGCACUAUUUGAGGAGAGUGGCCUUAUUCGUAUCACUCUGGGAGCCUCCACAAUCUCGUCUGUUAGCAGUGUGCGCUCAGGCCGUACUCAUUCUAGCCAGCGGGGCUACCUCAGAGAGAACAUGAUAGCACAUCAAGGCUCGGCUCUGGAUCACAAUUUGCUCAACCAUGCUGGCCCCACUGACCUUGACGUAGCCAUGUUCCAUCGUGAUGCAGGUCCAGACUCUGAUUCAGAUAGUGACCUCUCCCUGGAUGAAGAACGCAGCCUCUCAAUUCCCUCUUCAGAGAGUGAGGAAAACGUGCAUCUCCGGAGCAGAUUCCAGCGUCCGUUCAAAAGGGCAGCCCACAGUGAGAGGCUCCUCACCAACCCUAGUGACACUGCACCAAAAGAUGUGGAUGGUAAUGAUCUGAUGUCCUAUUGGCCAGCACUGGGAGAAUGUGAGGUCCACCCCUGUUCUCUCCAGAAAUGGGGCUCAGAGAGGAAGCUUGGAUUUGAUGUUAAUAAGGAUACGGCCAACAAUAACCAGCCAGACUUGGCUUUAACCAGUGGGGAUGAGAACUCUCUCACUCAGACCCAACGGCAGAGAAAAGGCAUCCUGAAGAAUCGCCUCCAGUACCCUCCAGCUUUGCAAGGCCUUUCAUCUGUGGGCAGAAUGACCAAUGAUCUUUCCUGGUACAAAACCUCCACCUUGGGCCACAGGGCAGUCCCGGCUGCUUCUUAUGGCAGAAUCUAUUCAGGAACAGGCAGCCUCUCACAGCCAGCAAGUCGUUACUCGUCCCGGGAGCAGCUUGAUCUGUUGAUGAGAAGGCAGAUAUCCAGAGAUCAACUGAGCAGAAACACCUCUGGAGAAUGCCUAGAAACCAGCAGGCAUGGGUCUAGAGAAAAAGUAGAUGAAAUAGCUACUGAACGUGAUCCAAGAGAUCACAGGAACACUCUACCCAGAAGGCAGACAUCUAGAGACCAUCUGGAUUCUUUACCCUGUAGAUUUGGGUCACGAGAACAGUUAGACUGCGGUGGGGCAGUAAGAGAAAUCUCUAGAGAAUGGCUUAAUACAAUGCCUCUUAGGCAGGCCUCUAGAGAUCGAAUGGACACCUUGCCAGCCCGAGAUACUUCUCGAGAACAGUUGGAUCUGCUUUUUAGAGGGCAACCUUCAAGGGACCAACUAACAUCAGCUAGGCAUACUUCAAGAGAGCAUCUGGACAUAGUGCCUGGCAGGCAGGAUCCUUGGGAAAAUAUUGAGCCUCUUUCUAGGCAGCAACCAUCUAGAGAAAAUCUUGAACUUCUCUCCAGAAGACCAUCUUCUAGAGAAAAUCUAGAAGCAAUCCCUAGCCGUCACCCUUCCACAGAACAAUUAGACAUCCUUUCUUCUAUCCUAGCCUCUUUUAACUCUUCGGCUUUGUCAUCAGUGCAGUCAUCCAGUACUCCCUCAGGCCCACAGACUACCCCCACCCCUUCUGUGGCACAGGCAUCGUCUACUCCUUCCAUGCCAUGCACUUCACCACCUCGGUCUGCAACAUCCCACAGCAUUUCCGAGCUGUCACCAGAUUCUGAUCCGAGUGAACUCUGUGGCACAAAAGAAAUGGCAGUUAAGCUUUAUAGGAACAAAAGUUUCCCAAGGCUGAACCACAAAACUGGUAGAAUCGCUGCAGUGGGCAUGGAGGCAAAUGGAGAGCCAGGUCACUCCAAGGCAGAAAGGGCAGGUGAAGUGCUGAGUGAGUCUGAGCUAGAGAAGAUCGGCCUGAGAAAACAGAUUUCACGGGUGUCACUUUCCACCCAGAUCAGAAAAAUAAGGUGCUCAGGAUCAACUGCAAAGAGCUUGCUACUUCGAUUCCUGCCCAUCCUUAGCUGGUUGCCACGCUACCCAGUCAAAGAAUGGCUACUAGGGGACAUCAUCUCAGGACUCAGUGUAGCAAUUAUGCAUCUCCCACAGGGUAUGUUAUCUGAGAUCUUCUUUGUCAAUGAGAUCCGGAGGGAUGCAGCCCGAGUAGAGCUGGUAGCUUCAGUCACCUGCUUAAUGGGCCUAUUCCAGGUUGCCCUCGGCCUGCUACAGUUUGGAUUUGUGGCCACCUAUCUUUCAGAGCCCUUAGUGCAAGGUUAUACCACAGCCGCUGCAGUCCAUGUGCUGGUUUCCCAGCUAAAGUAUGUCUUUGGAAUCAGCCUGGAAGAGAAAUCUGGACCAUUGUCACUGAUCUAUACCUUUGUGGAGAUUUGCUCAAAAUUACCUGGCACUCACACUGGCACUGUGGUCACUGCUUUGAUCUCUAUGGUUGCCCUUUGGCUCAUCAAGCUACUCAAUGACAAAUUUGAUAAGAAGCUUCCAACACCUAUCCCCAUUGAACUUCUCACGAUUAUUGUCUCCACAGCAAUCUGCUAUGGUGCCAGCCUGAACAACAAAUUUGGGAUUAGUGUUGUGGGCGAUAUUCCCAAGGGAUUGAGAUCUCCUGAAGCCCCCAAUGGAAGCUAUUUUGGACAGACAAUAGGGAACGCUUUUGCCAUUGCUAUAGUUAGCUAUGUCAUUUGCAUCUCCCUUGGGAAAAUCUUCGCACUCAAGCAUGGUUAUAGUGUGGACAGCAACCAGGAACUGAUAGCCUUGGGGCUCAGUAACAUCACUGGUAGCUUUUUCCAUUGCUACAGCAUCAGCUGCUCCAUGUCCCGCUCCCUAGUACAAGAAAGCACAGGAGGACACAGCCAGAUGGCUACAGUCAUCUCCUCUCUCAUCAUCCUGGCAACCAUUUUGAAGAUUGGAGAGCUUUUCCACGAACUACCCAAAGCCGUCCUAGCUGCCAUUGUUAUUGUCAACUUGAAAGGCAUGUUCAAGCAGUUCAAAUGUAUUCCUGUACUUUGGAGAUCUAAUUUUAUCGACCUGCUUAUCUGGCUUGUAACUUUUAUCGCUACACUACUCUUGAAUCUUGACUUGGGACUGGCAGCAGCUGUGACAUUUUCACUCUUCACUGUCAUCUUCCGGACUCAGAUGCCUUAUUAUUCCAUUUUGGGGCAAGUGUCCACCACAGGAAUUUACAAAGACAUUGCUGAGUAUCAUAAAGCUAAGGAAAUACCAGGUGUGAAAAUUUUCCACUCCUCUGCUACCAUCUAUUUUGCUAAUGCUGAACUGUAUGCAGAGGCCCUUAAAAAAAAGUGUGGCAUUGAUGUGUGUCAUCUCAUUGAAAAGAAGAUGAAAGCUCUGAAGAGGAAGCAAAAGAAAGACAAAAAAGAAGCCAAGAAAACUGCUAAAAAAUCUGGAGAAAACAACCCUGGAUUUGAGGAUGUGGAGAUGGAUGCAAAGUCACAAGAACCAGAGGAAGGCAUAACCGGUACUGAAAGCAAUGGAAAUGUGAUGGCUUGGAACCCUCCAAAUCACCACCAGCCACAAUCAUGUGGCAAACCCAGUUUAAAUGGUCUGGGGCUGGAAAAGCCUUCUAUCCACUCACUCAUUCUGGACUUCAGUUCUGUCACCUUUGUGGACACUGUCUCCGUAAAGACCUUAAAAAAUAUAUUUAAAGAUUUCCAGGAGAUUGAAGUGGAUGUGUUUCUUGCUGGUUGCCAUGGCACUGUCAUUACCCAGCUGGAAAGAGGCAAUUUUUUCAAUGAAACCAUAACCAAGAACCACCUUUUUGCAUCAGUGCAUGAUGCAAUUACUUAUAUCGCCAGGAACCGAGAAAAGAGCAUGCCACACACUGACACUGUUGACUACAACACUAACAUGUAAUCCAGUGAGCAGAAAACAGGCUUACAUCUUCAAGAUGACGUUUUAAACUAUGUUGCUAAUGAGGUAUGACUCAUCACCAUUACAAAUCCAGAGAAGUGAACCAUUACAAGUGUGAAUGCUUAAAAACUGGAAGUUGGACAUGCCUUUUCCUGGAGACUCAACUUUGGAGGAACUGAGAACUGAUUGUGUCCGAGAAACUUUGUUCUGGAUUUUUGAGCACUGAUUCUUCUAGUUCUCCUGAGAAAAUAUUUCAUGCAUCAAAAAAGCAUCCCUCUCAGGUACUGGAAUUUGUUGCUAUCCCUGCUCGUGGGAUAAGGAUUUUCUAUUCUAUCUGCCACUGGAUUUGGUGAGAAAAUUGAGCAUUUACAGCAUGUUUUUGCCUUUGUGAUGGUCCUAAUCAACAAGGAAAGGCAGAACGUGUCUCUUACAUGUUUGUUUGUUUGUUUGUUCCUUCCUUCUUGGACUGGUGUUUUAAUAUCAGGUCUUAGAAAGUAAGUUUUUCAUACUUUGAAUUUCUUUGGUCAUGCCUGGAUGCCUUAAUAUAGAGAAAGGAGUUUUAGCCCACAUGCUUUGCAUGAAGUAUUCCUAAUAUUUCCUGAUAGAAGGAUCAGAUAGCAAACAAUAAGAAAAUUAAAGACCUGUGAUUAAUUUAAGAUCCUGGACAAUCAGCAUAAAUCAAGGUUAGCAAUACUGGUAAACAAGGUAAACAAGACCUCUUGUUGUCUGUGGAGAUUCUCAGUCAUCCAGGUCAUGGUUGUCCCAGAGGUGCUUUUUCGAGAGGCAACUGGACUUUCUGGUUUUUCUUUGAAGACGUUUUGCUUCUCAUCCAAGAAGCUUCUUCAGAACUGGUUCAGUUGCCCUCUUGAAAAAGCACCUUUGGGAAGACCUGUGCUUCUUCUUUCACUAAAAUUGCUUGAUUUUAGUAGACUUGAUUACAAUUUACUGAGACAAUGCAUAGGACACAGGAAGUGGUACUUUUAUUGCAAAAUUGUAAGAAACAAAGUAUGUAUGAAUUAUGAAGUCAUUGUUUCUGGUGGGGGAAGCAGGAGUUGAACUCAAAAGAUAAAGAGAGGUCUGGUUUGAGAAAGGUUUUGGGGGUGGGAAUCCUAUUAACAUGAAUUAAAUGUGUGUACAGGUCAGUUCUGUGAAUAUUAAAAUGCAGCAACUGUUUCCAGAAGCAGAUGUCGUGAGAUGGACCAUGCCACCAUUCUCUAACACUGCAAGGUGUUAGAGAAUUCUGAGUUACAUAACCUGCCCUGAAACAUUAAGCCAGUCUGUUCAAUAUUCAGGCCAACAAACAGGCCAGAAUCCACAAUGUUCAGAUAUAUCGUCAGUGUCCUAACUGUUUUAUCAGCAUAUAUGUCUUUAUUUGACUCUUACAUUUUAUUCAAUACUGUUUCUUAUGCUUUGAAUAGAUAUCCCCCUUUUCCUUGUUUGUUUGUUUGGAAUUUAACAUUAACAAAACUUAUGUUUUGUGGUCUGUCU